UCCUGCUUACUUUGCAGCGAAUACUCAAGGAAGAUUACAAAUAAAUUGGCUCAGUGAUUUCUUGUUUUGGCUCCACUCGGCAGCCGCUCAGAGCUUACGUCACAACUUAGGCUUCUCUGUAUUGUUUACAUUCGACUUGCAUGCGAGGAAACAGAAGAGGAGGAGGAGGAGGAGGAGGAGGCAGAGUUCAGAGACGAUCUGGGCACUAACAGCGAGUCCAGCAGCUCUCAGUGCAACCCGUGCCACCAUGUUCGUUUCUAUUAUCCUCCUGGUUGUUUGCGUUGGUUUCAUCAUCCUUCAACUGAAAUCCCGGAGGCCCAAGAACUUCCCACCGGGACCCCCUGCCCUGCCCGUCCUGGGGAACCUCUUACAUCUGAGCCUGGAGAAUCCUCUGAAGGACUUUGACAGGCUGAGGAAGAAGUAUGGAGACGUCUACAGCCUCUACCUCGGCCCCAAGCCUGCGGUCAUCCUCAACGGGCAGAGUGCGAUAAAGGAGGCUCUGGUGACCAAAGGAAUUGAUUUUGCUGGACGACCUGAUGACCUGUUCGUGAAUGACGUCACCCAGAAGAGAGGCUUGGUCCUGGCGAACGUUGGCCCCAGCUGGAGGGAUCACCGUCGCUUCGCUCUGUCGACCUUGAGGAACUUUGGUAUGGGGAAGAAUUCAAUGGCGGACAGGAUCCAUGGAGAGCUACAAUACAUUGUGGAGGCAAUGGAAAAAAACGUUGGCAAAAGUGUGAAUCCUGCAAUUCUGGUUUACAACACGGCCUCCAACAUCAUAUGCCAGGUUCUGUUUGGAACUCGCUUUGAGUACGACGACGAGUUCAUCAAAGUGAUCGUUCAGUGCUUUAGAGAAAACGCCAAGUUAGGAAGCGGACCCUGGGCAAUGUUGUACGACUCUUUUCCGAUGAUUCGUAACUUGCCGCUGCCGUUCGCCAAGGCCUUUGAAAAUUUUAAGACUGCUAUGAAAUAUGUACAUCAAUUCCUGGACGAGCACAAGAAAACCAGAGAUCCUGGAGAUCCACGCGACUUCGUUGACUGCUAUCUGGACGAACUGGACAAGAGAGCUGGUGAGGAUUCUUCAUUUUCAGAGGAAGAACUAAUUUCGAACUCCCUUGAUCUUCACUUUGGUGGAACUGACACGACCUCCAACACCCUGCUUACUGCUUUCCUCUACCUCAUGGCCUACCCACACGUACAAGAGAGUUGCCAGCAGGAGAUAGAUGAGGUGCUGGAAGGGAAGCAUUCGGUCACAUAUGAUGACAGACAUAACAUGCCAUACAUGCAGGCUAUGAUCCAUGAAGUGCACAGGAUAGGCAACAUCGUUCCACUCAGCAUCAUCCACUCAACAACUAAAGACACUGAGCUCAUGGGAUACUCCAUUCCCAGGGGUACGUUGGUCAUCCCUAACCUGGGCUCAGCCCUGAGAGAGGAGGGACAAUGGAAAUUCCCUGAUGAAUUCCACCCAGAAAACUUCCUCAACGACAAGGGAGAGUUUUUCAAACCCGAGGCCUUCCUUUGUUUCUCUGCAGGUCCUCGGAUGUGUCUGGGAGAGGGUCUGGCUCGUAUGGAGCUCUUCCUCAUCCUGGUGACUCUGCUGAGGAAGUUCAGGUUUGUCUGGCCUCCGGAUGCCGGAGAGCCAGACUUGACUCCGGUCUACGGGAUCACCCUGUCUCCCACACCUUACUGCAUGAAUGUCCAGCUCAGGGCGACACAAAAUGCACUGAACUCCGUACUCUCUCCAGAGGAGCUGCACGUGUGAACCCAAUGUCCGAGUGAGUAAGAACCGACAAAGACGUCAAGAGAGAGUUUGUGGUGAUAAAAGUUGACAUAAUAGUUAAUAGUUAAUUUGCACUUCCAGCCUCUGCCUGUUUCCCCUCUCACCUGAAUAAUGAGGAGCGGUUGUGAACCACAGAUCAGAUUAGUGUGCCCAGCACUCUUGUGGCCUGAGAUGUGCACAACACUGCAACACUGAAAAAUACCGUCAGACACUCAAUACUGCAUUCACAUCUUAGAAUCACCUGAACAACACUCAGAACAUGUGUUUUUCUUGUUUUAUGUACAUAUUUAUAAAUGUAUUCCCAUAGUGUGCCACCUCUGCAUGGAUCAAGGAUUUUUUUUAAUUUGAUUUUUUAUAGUUUGUUUAUUGAGCAUCGACGAUACAAAAUGAGGACAUAAAAGAGAUACUGUACAAUGCUCACACCCACCCACACCUCCUUCCCCUCGGAUCAAGGAAUUUAAAAAAUCACCUGUCAACCAGGCAGAUUGAACCUUAAUGAAAAUAAAAAGAAUGAAAAGUUCACAUACAAACACAAAUCUGUGAGAAAUGGCUUCAGUUCUGUCAGCUUCAUGAAACGUAUGGUCUUAACAGGAAACAUCAAAAACUGCUGCGUUUCUAUGAACCUAUUAUAUAAUUAUAGAUUAUAAUUAUACUGCUGCUGAGCAGAUUUUGAUGUUUCCUGUUAAGACCAUACGUUUCAUGAAGCUGACAGAACUGAAGCCAUUUUCUAGAUCUAACUAUUUAUAUAUUUGAGGCUACACAUGACAACGCUCUUACAUUCCUGCUUAAUUAUAUGUUCUAGGAAUUCAUUCCUUCAAUAAACAGAGGUUGAUUGACUCUAUUUAAAUAACAUGUAAAAAAUGACUGCAAUUCAGCAAUGACAUUUUCUAACAGUGGGCUUUUAAAAGUGACAUAUUCCCAACAUGAUCUCACAAUUACUACAAGUUAGCUUGAGUGGAUUGGUCAAUGAAACAUCACCCAAAAAUAUCCUAUCCUAUUAUAAACAAUAACACAAACAGCCAAACUUCACACGGCUGCUGAUGAUGUUAUUUUGAUAGUGAAUGAGGCAGAGUGGGAAAUCACAACAGGGGGCAGCAACUUCAAUGGACAGGCAGAAGAGCUUGAAGUAUAUUCAUCUUUUACAUCAAUUCAUAUUUUCAUGAGAAGCAUUUAAAAUGUUGGACUCAUCUGUAACUUUUAAUUAAAACCAUUAAUUUCAAAGAUGUUAUGUUUCGAUAUAUCGACAAAAAAUAUUGUUUCUGCCAGAGAAAAUGAAGUUAAAUGACAUUCACCUUAUUUUCAUUAAUAAUUUACUUGGUCAAAGACAAGUGUUUUUCUCAUUGGACAGUGACCUUUUUAAAACCACUUAUUAGAACAAAUUCUUAUAGACUUGCUUUCAUGGGAUGUUUAGUUUGUAGUGUUUUAUUGUUAUUUUUUAUUUUCACCUUUUCUUUUUGUUGGUCACUUAUUUUCAUUGUCAUAUUAAGAUUUUACAUAUUUUUCUUACUUUGUUGUCAAAGCCCGUUGUAAACUGUUUUUCAAAAAAUGCUAUAUGAAUAAAGGUUAUUAUUAUUA